UGAGCUGCAGCCGGAGCGAUGGCCCGGGUCUGGAGCCCGCGGCCGCCGCCGCCGCCUUCGCCACCAGUGUGUCGAGAGCAGCCGCGGCCGGAGCUGGGGCCGGAGUCGCGGCUGGAGAGGGGGCGGCGCGUGUGAGUUGCCGAACAUCUCAAACUCCGCUGGAGCGCUUCAGGCGGGCAGAGCAGCGGCCGCCCCUUCCGCACCGCACCCCCCCCCCCCCGCUGGCCCGGACAGCAGGGCUGGCGUUUCCCCGGGCACGGGACCGGCUCCGAACCAGACUCCCAUCGGACUCAGGACAGAAGCCAGAGAACGGUAGCAUCCCAAGCUCCAGCCGGCUCCCUGACCUCGACCUUCUCUUGGCGUCUAGGCGGUGUCAGGGUUGUGGCUGCUGAGCCUCCUCCGGCCGCCACCUCCAGCCGAGGACCAGCGAGCUCCCACUGUGCUCUGCGUCUCCUCCUCUCCUCCCAUUCAAGAACAAGUUUCUUUUCGCUUUCCAUUGCAAAUCCCUUCCCGGAGGUCCAAAGUACGUGUUCCGUAUGCCCUUCCUUCCCCAGCCCCUGCAAAUACUUUUGGCCGCUUAUCUGGAGUAACUGACAUAACUUUUUAUUAGUCUUUGGAAGAUAAAAAUUGCCCCUUUUCACUCUAAACUGACACUCCAUGCCCAGGGUUUUGUCCAUUUGGAUCACGGGCUCCUUGACCACCUCUAUGUAACUUCCCCUCCCCUUCUGAGUUCCCAUUUCCUUUGGGCUUCUGUUCUCCAACUCCCAGCGGAUCUGGUCAGUCCCACCUCUGGGUGGGAGUGAUCAGAGGCCUCUGGCCCAAGAUUUCCCACCCUGGAAGGUAGCGUCAAAGUAGCAAGAGAAUUGGGCGUCGGGUACGAACCUGGCAGCUCAGGAGUGGGUGCUCCACUCACCCCACACAAGAAGAUGAAAAAGCGCAAAGAGCUCAAUGCAUUGAUUGGCUUGGCUGCGGACAGCCGGAGAAAGAAACCCAAGAAAGGCCCAAGCAGCCACCGUUUGCUUCGCACUGAGCCUCCUGAUUCAGACUCAGAGUCCAGCUCAGAAGAGGAAGAGGAAUUCGGUAUAGUUGGAAAUCGUUCUCGCUUUAUCAAAGGAGACUACUUACGCUGCUGCAAGAUCUGUUAUCCCCUCUGUGCUUUUGUCAUCCUCGCGGCCUGUGUGGUGGCCUGUGUUGGCUUGGUAUGGAUGCAAAUUGCUCUCAAGGAGGAUCUGGAUGCCCUCAAGGAAAAGUUUAGAACAAUGGAAUCUAAUCAGAAAAGCUCAUUCCAGGAAAUUCCCAAACUUAAUGAAGACCUCCUAGGCAAACAGAAACAACUUGAGAAGAUUGAAUCUGGGGAGCUGGGCUUGAACAGAGUCUGGAUCAACAUCACAGAAAUGAAUAAGCAGAUAUCUAUGUUAACUUCUGCAGUAAAUCACCUCAAAGCCAAUGUUAAGUCAGCUGCAGACCUAAUUAGCCUGCCCACCACGGUAGAGGGACUUCAGAAGGAUGUCCUGUACCUUCACAACUCUUUAGAGGAGGUAAACAGUACCAUAGUGGGGUACCAGAGACAGAAUGAUCUUAAACUCGAGGGGAUGAAUGAGACACUCACUAAUCUUACGCAGAGAGUCAACCUGAUAGAAAGUGAUAUGGUUGCUUUGAGCAAGGUAGAAAAGAAAGCAAACCUGACUUCCAGCAUGGUGGGGAACAGAGCUGCCACUCUUAAAAGAGAAUCUGUGGAUCCAGAGGCCAACAGAACUGAUAUUGUGAAAACCCAGAAUGUAAAGAAAGAAGAUAGCCCAAAUUCUCAGGUAACCAAAUUACGAGAGAAAUUGCAGCUGAUCAGUGCUCUCACAAACAAACCUGAAAGCAAUAGUCCUCCAGAGACUGCAGAUGAAGAACAAGUGCAGAAUUUUACAUCAAAGCCUUCAGCAUUGCCAAAAUUUUCACAGUUUCUUGGAGACAAAAUUGAGAAAGCUACCCAGUUAAAACCUAUCUCCCUACCAGGAAUUUCUAGCCUUGAAGAUCUUCAGAAUUUGUUCCACAAGACUGGCCAGGAUAUGAAUGGGACGUUGACCUACCAAGAAAUCUGGAAUCUCCUAGGCUCUUCUAUGCCAGAACAAGAAAGCUUGAGAGCAUUUGAUUCCAAUGCGGAUGGAAGAUACUCAUUCCUGGAGCUAAGAGUAGCUUUAGGUGUCUAAAUUCAUCAGGCAUACUUGGAAAUGGAGAUAGACCCCUAACUACCUAAAAUCUAUUUACCCAACAUAAACCACCAUUUUUCCUACCCAGCUGCCCCUCAUGUCCUCCAAACUACUGUAGCAGACACAUUGCCACCUUUUAACUUGUUUGAAAAAACUAUAUAAAAAUUAUUUUUUUAAAAAAGAAAACCAUAUUACUUAUAAUAUGAUAGUCAGAAGUCUAUGGUUUCUUGAAACCAGUAAGCUCUUACAUUUUAAAAUCACCAGGAAAAAAAAAGCCCCCUUUUUUUUUUCUCUUUCUCUCUCCUUUUUUUAAGGAGGAGACCUUAUCUUUUAAAACUGGAAAGUGUAUAUAGAAAGAGAAUAGCUACCUUUUAUAUUUCAUAUAAAUUUGCCUUAAAUUAGCUGCACUUUAUAGAGACUCAGAAACUGUCUUUUCUUUAAAAGAUAGACCUUUUCUGCUUGUAAAUAUUUAAAACGAAAGAAAAGUUGUGCAUAUUGUAUGAAAAGUAGGAAGAAAGGUUUUGAACAGGAUGUGAACAAAUGACUUAUUAAAGAUUGUUAAUCUGAUCUGCAUAGCAGUUAAAACUAUGUCCACAUCUCCUUAAGGAAUCCCUCUGCCCAGGUGCUGCCACGGGGUUUGGCCUGGGAGCUGAGGGAAUUAAUUCAGGGAAUGGACACUGGAGAUAGCCUAGCUCCAGGCUCAGGAAAGUCAGAUUCUGGGUCUUUGUUCCUGCUCUCUCAGUUAACCUCAACCUAGAACCAGAGAAGUCUUGUUGAGGAUCUUUCUCAUUUUUAAUCUUCUGUUAGGGUUUUUGAGCAUUAAAAAGUUAUCCAGUGGGGAUCUGUAUUUUCCUCACAAGUAAGCUAGAUUAUCUCCCCCUACCCACAACUCAAGUCUAUCUUAGAGCUAUAGCUGGCUCCUACCUUCAGAAUGCCCUCCAUUCUAUUAUGGCAGAACCCAAGUCCCUUGUCACCAUCACAAACUGGCCACCAGAAUAUUUGAAGAAUGCUAUGCUUAUGGUUUUGACUCUAGAAGCUAUACCCCUUGGGAUUUUACAUGGGGGCUAACUGAGAACAUGAUAAAUUCCUUGGUAGGAUGACUAAUGCAAAAAAGAGUAUGAAGUGAAAAUCAUAUUCAUCAGCUCAGAACUUGUAAUUAGUGGUUCUCUGCCCAGAAGGUGCCAAACUACAGCAAACAAGCCUGGAGCAAGAGUCCUCACAAGAUGGUAGAAGCCCUUAAAUUCUUCUUUGGACUUGCCACAAAAGGUCCCUGGGCCGGAAGGAUAAUACCUUCUUGUCAUCUCUACACUGAGUUAGACUCAUGAGUUGGUGUUCCUAGGAGCAGUCUUUGAGCAACACUAAAGGAACACUUAACUUUACCAAAUUUAAUUUUGCUGUAGCCAAGUGGGAGAAACUAGAGAAGCUUUUUAGUAGAGAACAUUUCCCUUUAACUUAUCCAAGUUGCCAUCAGCCGUGGAUGCAGUCCAGUACCCUUACAUAUUUAAAGGUUAGUUUUUUUUCUUUACAUGAUAGCUUUGUGUUGGCUAACUUUAAUUUUUUUCAAGAAGUAUUAAAGUUUAAUUAAAGUGAGACAAAGUCUUUCCGUGAAUAUAUGUACUUAUGUCAUGAUUUAUGUUUUUCCCAUUUAAAUUUUUUUCCCUUAACAUUUACCUUGCCCAUUUAUGCUAUUUCAUUUUCUUGGAAAGGUUAAUAAAAUAUAGUUUAAAAGUAGCCUGGCACUUUAGGUAACUUGAAGAUAACUCUUGGUCUUCUAGCUGCCUUCCCUGCCCUCCCUGCCCCCACAACACACUUUUUAAUAUAUACACUCUUACAAAUUUUGUAACAACCAAAUAAAGUUCUAGCAAUAAAUUGAAUUAUACUGCUA